AUGCCUCCCCAGAUUAAGCAUGAUCUCAACCGCUCUGGCUGGGAGUCCACAGACUUCCCAUCUGUUUGCGAAAAUUGUCUUCCUGAAAACCCAUACGUGCAGAUGUUGAAAGAGGACCACGGCGCAGAGUGCAAGAUUUGUACUCGUCCCUUCACAAUUUUCCGCUGGAAAGCCGACCGUACCUCGCGCCAGAAGCGCACCAACAUCUGUCUCACAUGCGCCCGUCUGAAGAACUGUUGCCAAUGCUGCAUGCUCGAUCUGUCUUUCGGUCUGCCGAUCGUUGUCCGUGAUGCCGCCCUGAAGAUGGUCGCACCUGGACCCGAAAGUGGCAUUAACCGUGAAUACUAUGCGCAAAAUCACGAAAAGGAAAUCGAAGAAGGAAUUGGCGCAGUCGAGGAAUACGAGAAGACGGACGACAAGGCCCGCGAGUUGCUGCGCCGCUUGGCAAACAGUGAACCGUACUAUCGCAAACCUCGUCGCAUCGAGGGUGCAUCUGAAGGCGACGCCGAGGGCAAGGAAUCUAGCUCGGCAGACCAACCCCGCACAAACAGCCGGUACGGAAAUGCGCCAGGCCCCAUUCGCACAGGUGACAGCCGACUGGGUAACCGCUUGCCUGGCCGGGGAGGUCGUGGUGGUGGCCGUGGUGGUCGCCCGUUCCCCAGCACGGCACAGCUCCCUCCGUCGGCCGAAGACAUCAAUCCGCCCAUGGACCCCAAUGUUACGUCACUGUUUUUGACUGGUGUGGAGGACGACCUUCCGGAACAUUCGCUGCGGACAUUCUUCUCGAAGUUCGGCACUCUUCGCUCGCUUGUCUGCUCUCACCGUUCGCAUUGCGCCUUUGUCAACUAUAUGAGCCGUGCCGACGCCGAGUCCGCAGCCAAGGAGUGCCAAGGCAAGGCGAUUGUUCAAGGCUGUCCGUUACGGGUGCGCUGGGGUAAACCCAAGGCGCUUGAUAACAUGGACCGUGAGGAACGGAUGAAGAAUGCUCGCGAAGGUCGGCAGGCUGCGGGGCCGGUCCAGCGUGGUCAGUCCGAUAAAAAGGCUAUCACCGCUGCUGGUGAUGCAGACAAGGAAGCACCAGCCAAGGGCUUUGCUGUGGCACCACCCCCAGGUUCUGGAUCCGUCCAGUAUGCCAGUAUGAAUGGAGAUUAA